AAUCAAAUUUAUAAUAUAAACAAAGAGCAAUAAGAUUGAAAUAAACCAAAAUUAACAAAAUUUAAAAUUCAAAAAGCGCACCCUCCACUCCGCUAUCAUCAUGGCAAAAAAGGGCAAGAAAAAUAAAAAAGAUAAGAAAGGAAAAGCUGAAGAAAAAAGCGAUGGUGGUAAAAAAGGAAAGAAAGGCAAAAAGGGCCGCAAAAGUACAAUGUCCGAGGCAUUUUCAGCUACUAAAGGAAAAAAGGGCAAAGGUAAAGGCAAAGGUAAGGGUAAAAAAAUGUCAAUUCGACCGUCGAAAGUUUCCAUACCUGCAACUGUGCCUGAUCCACCAACACCACCGCCAACACCAGAGCCAAAAUGCAAUGACAAACAGAGAGCAGACGAGCCAUGUCGAUACACAGAGGAUGCCUGCUGUAAAGGAGCCGUUGCUUGUCGGCCAAAUCAUUAUCCGGGAAUUUUGGAAGAACCCGAACGCAUGGCUGUUGUCGGUUCGGAGAGCGGCAGCUACGAAAGUCUUUGCAAAUUAGUGCGCGCUGGCAUGCGUUGCGCUGAUCGCGUCUUUAUCAUGACACCCUGGGGCAACUAUGUCAUCUUUCGCGCACACGAUGAACAAAAUAAAAUCUAUUUCAUAUAUGACGGCUGUACAUGCAAUGUGAAUCGCUUUCGGUAUUUGGAUUUGCGCGAAGGUACCGCCGGACUACUUUAUUUCGAUUGCAUUCACUCACUUAUUACGUACAUGAUGGACUCAAAGAAGCAACGCAUGACUUUAAAGAAUAUUAAACGCAGCGUCAUCGACGACAUCUGCAAGGAGUUUUGCGAAUUUGCGCACUGAUCAAAUAGUGAGAUUUCAUUUUGUGGCAAUAUUAACGAAACAACUGGAUCUCUUACAUAAUCUGAUGAUAAGACAAAACUGGAUAGCGGCGGAUUAAAGAAAACGCCAAGCGAGGGUAAUACCUAUUUAGCGAAAUGUUUAGGGAAACAAUUUUUGAAUGAAUAAAUAAAUAUAUAUAACUAGAAGACCACA